UGAGGGGGAUCGUACGGAACUCGAGGAUCACGAGGAGGGGAGAGGGGUCGAAGUGCCGUAUGGGUAUCCUCCUGUACUCCGAGGGUUUCCAGGCAGCGGCAGUCCACGGCCCGGGACAGGACCCAGGCCUGGAGAAGACGAGUGUUGUGUCGGAUUUUUUUUAUGGAUAAGGGAAGAUUUAUCGGGUGAAUUGUUUGUCUUGGAUAAUUGAUUGGUAAUUUUUUUUUCCGGGAUAAUUGAUGUGCGAGAUGUUUUUUUUUAUAUUGGGAAUUGUGAUUUUUUAAAAAUUAAUUGGGCGAUUGUCGAGUGAGGGAGAAAAUCAGGGGGGUGGGUGGCGAAUAGUGAGAGAGCGCGGGAAAAUGAGAUGGAUUCGCAGUGAAAUGUGGUGAUUCGGUGAUUUCUAGGACUUUAGAGAUCGUGUGAGAACUGGAGAGAUAAAUGAAUCAUCGGAGGUGAUUUGUUUUUAUGAAAGUGUGGAGAGGUCGGUGGUUGAAAAACAGGGGCAAGUGACGGGGGUGAGUUGCGAAGAAAAACCGGCGAGAGGUGUGAGGGGGCAAACGACAGUUUACGAAUAAGUGGAAAGCUAAGGGUUGAGAGAGUAGGGGAGGUAGGUGAAGUGGUGUUGCACUGGUUGAAAUAUAUAAAAAAAAUAAUACAGGAACAUGAGAGACUGUGGUACGGUCUCUGACUGCGGGCGCACGUGCGCCCCACGAGGAAGUUACUACGACGAGUCGACGAGGCGCUACUGCAACGAGCUAGGACGUUAAGAAGAGCCCCAAGGCAGAUAAUACUCUAGAGAAAAGCCCCGUUUUUAUUAGCUUAUUUUUUUCUUAGACUCCCCUUUACUUCUUUCUCCUCCGCAAUUUUUAUUUGCUUUUUUCAAGCUUUUUCGUGUCGUCAAACGGAUUGCUUUUUGCCCAACUCGUAAUUUACAAUCGGAGAAUUUUUUGUUUACGAUUUUUUUUCCGUUCUUUGUCGUUCUGAAUUUGCGAGGACAGCCCCGGGGAUAACGGCGACCGGGGGAUAAAAGGGGUUCAGAGAAAAUACGGCACGACAGAUUUUAAUGCACGUCGGAGGGAUGAGAGGCGACCGUCGUCAAACUCCAUCAUCGCUGGUCACCGCGACCAUCAAUCCAAGAUUGUUGCGACCUUUGAUCGUACUCACUCUGGGACUCGUCGGCCAUGUCAUCGGAUAUGGAUAUUCCAGAACCCAUAGCAGCCAAGAAUCAUACGGGAAUGGUCCAUCAUUCGUACGUCCUGUCGGCAAUCAAACCGCAGCAAUUGGUCGUGAAGCUGUGUUCUCCUGUUACGUACGAAAUAUCGGAAAAUACAAGGUGGGCUGGCUGAGGGCAUCAGACCAGACGGUCCUCUCCUUGAAUACACGAAUAGUCACCCACAACACACGUAUAUCAGUGACUUACGAGACCGGCGGCUGCUCAAGCCCGUCAGAUAUUCCUAUGGGCAUUCACGGCGUGACCGGUAGUAAUCAGAUGACAGAUGAGGGAGUCAACUGCACGUGGAGGCUCCACAUACGCCAGCUAAAAGAGACUGACAGAGGUUGCUACAUGUGCCAAAUCAAUACAGAUCCGAUGAAAUCGGAGCUCGGAUGUUUAGCUAUUCUCGUGCCACCUGAUAUUGUUUAUGGUGACGAGACCAGCAAGGAUUUAUCCGUAUCGGAGGGUGAAAAUGUCACCCUCAAUUGUCAAGCAACCGGUAUACCAAAGCCACGAGUUUCAUGGAAACGAGAGGAUGGGCAACACAUUCUCAUCAGGAAUUCGACCUCGUUCUCAAGUUCCUACAGUCGGAAAAUAGCCAACUUUCACAGAAUAACUCAAUUCAACGAGUCAAAGCUUCACUUUCAUCGUAUCGACAGACAGCAGAUGGGAGUGUAUAUGUGCAUUGCCACCAAUGAAGUGCCCCCAUCAGUCAGCAAACGCGUUACUCUGGAAGUCAAUUUUGCACCUGCCGUAGAAGUGCGGACUCAACUGCUGGGAGCGCCAUUGGGCAGGAGUGUGCAGCUGGAGUGCUCCAUCGAGGCACAUCCCAACACGAUAAACUUUUGGGAGAAGAAUAGGGGGAUGCUGCUAGAUGGCCCUAAAUACGAAAUUCGAGAGGAUAGAACGGGUUACCACGUUACAAUGACCCUUCUGAUAAAGAAAUUCACACGAGACGAUGUGGGUAGUUACCACUGCAUAGCGUCAAACAGCUUGGGAAAAGCCGAAGGCUCCACAAGACUAUACGAGAUCGAAGUCAAAGACGACGUGAUACUAGGCGCAGGACUUGCAGAAGCUGCACGUGGUGCAAGCACAGCAUCGUUCUCCACUCUCCACUGGCCAUACUUCGUAAUACUCAAUGUUAUUUCAGUACUGCGCCUCGUGUGUGGACGGUGAACAUACAGCACAUAUCCAAAUCCAAACAAGAGGAAUGGAGUAAAAUAAAGUAUAUAAACACGAACUGACCUUUAAUUCAAAUAAAAGAUCGUCGAGUUUGUGUUGCGCUUUUCACACGGGAAACAAGCGAUCGACCGGUGCUCCGUACAUGUACCAUUUUGUGUGCCAAAAAGUAAAAAAAAAAUAUAGAAAAAUAAAAUGGAUGAAAUUGAAUGGAAUGAGUGAUUGGGAAUACAACGUCCGGGGUUUAUUUAGGGGAUGAAAAUCCUUAAGCUUGAAAAUAAAUUGGGGGAUGAUCAAAAUUAUAAUAAAGAAAAUAAUGAAAAAUUGUCGUUGCCGUGAGCCUACUGUACUGUAUAUUUGUCUUUUCUUAUCGCGUCCUCUUAACCCACCCCAAUCUCACCCCCUACGUGUUAGUGUAAUGAAAUGGUCUAUGGACACUCAGCCGAUGCAAUUCAUGGGGAUAGGAUAUAUGUUCCGUGCCAAAUUAUGGGGGUAAUUAUGUAAUCAGCAAAUUUACAAAGUUUCAUAUCAAUAAACUUAUCUCUAAUCGUACAUAUCUUAUGCGAGUGAUUGGAAUUUUCAUGAAAUUUUAAUGGCAGAGGUCUGCAGUUUUUUAUAAUCACGAAAAAUUGCUAAAAAGCUACUUCUGGGGAAGAUGAGAGGAGAGGGGGUUUCCCAAGGCACUAGUGGAUGUCUGGAAAAUUCUGGGUCAUCUGAAGAAGGACAAAAUUGAAAUAAAAAAAAAGGCAUUGAAUAAAUUAAUGGGAAAAGUAGGAAAAAAUAAUUUUGAAAAUAAUGGGAAACAGAUGCUACGCAUUUCAUCGCUUCGCUGGCUGAAAUUAUCACGAAACCGUCGUUAAAUUAUUAAUUAGCGUGUGCGCCUCGUAAAUUUAAAAUUCUGCUGACCUCAAAAUGAAAUGAUUCUUUCAUACCUUCAUGAAUGCAUUGGCGGAAGAAUUUCUUUGAUGUUAAUGAGCUUCCGUAGCUGUUGUCGAAUGCCGGUGUUGGAGUGGAACAAAUAAAUAUUCGUCAAUAGUUAUUGAACCAUUCAAUUGAGCUGAGCAUUUUUUCCCCGCAGUCGUGUCAUUACCUGACAAUCCUAAUUAGCUUUGAAUUUCGUCAAUUAUAUUCUUCCCGAAGAUCCUCGCGUUAGUAAUAACCUCGAGUGAACUCUAGCAAUAACUAUGAACAUUAAAUUAUUCAUCCAAAUGCUUCUCUCAAGAAAAUUAAAAAAAUCGGAGAAGUCAAUAGUCAUUAAAGGAGUUUAUUCAAGGUCGUGUAACACCACAUAUUUCCCUCAAGAAAAUGAAAAUUUGACGGCAAUGUAUUUUUUAUUAGAUUAACAAAGUUUAUCGCUAUUAUGAACAGUUUAGAAGGAAUGAAUUUACCUGAAUUCAUUGGCUAACAUUAACCGAAUUCUUCUGUCAGUGUGUAAUAAUCGUUUCGUGCAUAAUAGAUGUAAUUUUUUAUGAAACGUCAUCUCUGAUAUGACUCAAGCGCCGCGAUCAUAAAAGACUUUAGCAAGAUAUCGUAAUGUACUUUGAGUCCAUCAUUUUUUAACGAUCAGUUUCUAUGCGAAUAAAUAUGUGAGAAGGUGUAAAAAGCGCUCGGUUUUGCUCAGCUCCAGCUCAACUAUCUCCACCCCCUCAGCAUUGCAAGCAGCCAUGGAAAAGAUGAAAGAGAGACUGCGGUAUUACAUUCGUUGGAUUAAUUUUACGGCGAUUCUAAACGUUAAUACGAGCCGCCGUGGAAUUUAUUUGGAGCCGCAAAAUGGUUAGGGCUGUAGCAUAAAUAAACAAUUUUUUUUUUCCCAACUAUUUUAUCUCAUGAGUGUAUUUUUCGUAAGAAUGUUGGUUAUAUGUACGUGAUAUCCAUAUUUAAAACGAGUGUAUAUAUACUGAAAAUGUAUGUGGGAGAGAGUGAGUGAGAGAGAAAGAGAGUAGUGUGCGAAUGCACCAGAAUGGCGAAUGUAUGUAAGCCAUGUACUAACUGUGUUAUUCAUUAAAACGCAAAAUAAUGUCACAGUGCUCUAUUUUUUCGUGCUUGCCCGGCAAUUCGGACACCCACUCGACUGACAGUAAAAUAUGAUAUUUGAACAAGAUGAAUGAUGAAUAAAAU